AUGCUUGAAGACAAAUCUCACUGCCAUGUUGUAUCCUGGGGCUUAUCAGGCGAAACCUUUGUUGUACACAAUCCAACAGAAUUCGCGCGGACCAUCCUCCCCCGGCAUUUCAAACAUAGCAAUUUUGCGUCAUUUGUGCGGCAAUUGAACAAAUAUGAUUUCCACAAGAUCAAGACCAACGAGGAGGGACGGAGCUACGGAGAGCAGGCCCUUCCCCCGCUCCUUCCUCCUCCCGUGAAUACAUUUGAACUCUUUUGGUAUCUCAGACCGAACGGGGAAAGCCUGGGAAUUUCAACAUCCAAAAUUUCAGUUCAACAGAAGAGACUUGCUCGAAGAGAUAAAGUCACAAUGCAAAACGAGACGAUAGAUGACAUUGAAAAUUUGAGGAACAACUACUUCAACGUUGUAAAUGAAAUGGAGAGGUUAAAGAGAAUUUUGGCGGCACAGGAUGAAAUUGUUAUUGGAUUACUACACUAUUUGAGAUCUGACCGUUUUUCCUCUGCCAACGCAUUAUCUCUUCCAUCUUCCUCCAAUUUGUACGAAACCCAACAAAUUCAUACCGAUCCCCAGCCAGUUCACUUGCGUGGUGUAGACGUCCAGGCCCAAUACAUUCCUUACUUUAACUUUGAUCCAUCUGGAAUGUCUCAUACGACCUCGGAAAUUGGGAAUGCGCCGUACAUGAUACCGCAAAAGUUGGUUAUGCCGACAAGGGAGGGUACUUGA